GAGGAGUGGACCUGCUCUUGCCCCAGCAGCACUGGGAACGGCCGACCGGGAAGAAAAUGAGAAGUCAGCAGAGAUAUCCGCGGUCGGCCGUUCCAACAGUUCAGAGGAGUGGACCUGCUCUUGCCCCAGCAGCACUGGGAACGGCCGACCGGGAAGAAAAUGAGAAGUCAGCAGAGAUAUCCGCGGUCGGCCGUUCCAACAGUUCAGAGGAGUGGACCUGCUCUUGCCCCAGCAGCACUGGGAACGGCCGACCGGGAAGAAAAUGAGAAGUCAGCAGAGAUAUCCGCGGUCGGCCGUUCCAACAGUUCAGAGGAGUGGACCUGCUCUUGCCCCAGCAGCACUGGGAACGGCCGACCGGGAAGAAAAUGAGAAGUCAGCAGAGAUAUCCGCGGUCGGCCGUUCCAACAGUUCAGAGGAGUGGACCUGCUCUUGCCCCAGCAGCACUGGGAACGGCCGACCGGGAAGAAAAUGAGAAGUCAGCAGAGAUAUCCGCGGUCGGGCGUUUGGAGUCUCCACUGCGUGUAUAGAAGCCUCGCUGAUCCGGGCUAAAUGGCAUCCUCUGGGUUUCUACUCUGAGCAACAAGGGCUGAAACUCCUUCUCUGUGCGGAGCCUUAGCCUAAUGGAUACCAUAACAAUAGCUGUGAGAUGGUGCUGUGUCCCACAGGCACACAUCAACUUUGUGACCGAUGGAAUCACAAAGUGGUAUAUGAGCAGAUGGAUAUACAAACAUUCUAAAACCAAAAAUCUGACAAUCAUUUGUGUCCAAGUAGAAUUUAAAAGAGUCUCUGCUUAUAUUAAACAGCUCCUAAGUGUGAUGAAAGCUCUAUGGGUGGAACCGGGACGUGGCUCAAUGGACUGGGAAGCAUUGGAUACACUGCUGGAUGACACACCUCUAGUGCCUGUCAGCACCAACAAAUACAGUGUCACGCACACCACCAUGAGACCAGGGGACAGCUUUUAUUACCAUGUGUGUAACACGGUGGAAUUAGUAAAAGGGCGCGCGUGGAUACUCAGGAGGGAACUGACCAUCGCGGACAAGAUGACCAUACUUAAGCUGCACAGCAAACAUGAACCUCACAGUGUUACGCUGUUAGUGCCCGGGACCGCAACAAGGAUGAUACAUGUGCGAUGCACCGAGCCCCAGCGAAUAUACGAGCUGUUCAAGAAGUAUGGCCUGACAUGCUCCAAUGUCUGGGAUUCCAGAACCUCCCUGUCUGCCACGGCUCCUUGUACAGCACUGUGUGACCACAACAUGACCACAGUUAAUGUGAACAGGAUCGCGGAGAAUGAUGCCUUGGGCCAGGAACCUGAGGUGUCCAAUUUCUACCACAACAUGAAAUGCAUCCGAAUACAAGCAAAGCGAGACGCGCUGAAACACAGACCCUACAGCACACAUCACCGCAGCGUGGUAGAUGCAGCACAACUGCCAUCAGCCAGUGUUGACGGAACCUGCUCGAAUGAGACUCAGCCCGACUGCAUAUCAGUUGCCCUGUACUACUACGAUCGAAUGGCCAAACUGGGAGAUGUCAUCAAGUCCGACGGUCGGUUCGUACCGUCUGUCCAGUAUUCAAAUCCAGAGGAGUGGUCUGGGGAUAGAUAUGUGUUAGAACUGGAACCAGACAACAACGUGAUCAUUACGGGCACGGUGCUCCCGGACGGCUCGAAUGCUGAGACAACGCAUGUGGAACCUUACACAUGCCCCUACUGUCUCGAAGACGCAAAUGCGUACCUUGAAUGCGGACACCUGUGUUGUGUGUCCUGUACAAGAAGAGCUAAGAAGAAGAAUUCUCUGGCCUGUGGUGUUUGCAAGAAAGAAACCACCUCUUACAGACCCCUUGAAAUACCACAGAACUUCGAGUCUACGUGCUUCGCAUGCUGCAAAGGGAAAGAGUGGGUCACAGAAUGUGGCCAUUUAAUAUGUGUCGAAUGCUACAUUGGACGAUGUCCUGUUUGUAGUAACCCGGUCACUACGCUUAAGAGGGUGUUUAUGUCAUAUUAACAAUGAGUCAAGGAGCCAGGUCUGAAAUACAUGCUUUAUUGUAUCUGAAAUAAAUGCUUUUCUGUAUCUGAAAUAAAUGCUUUUUUGUAUCUGAAAUAAAUGCUUUAUU